AUGGGCAUCCGUUCAUGGUUCAAAUCCCGUUCGCUCUUGAAUUCCGGUCAAACCCAUGAAAGUAGGCCACCACCUCCAUAUGACUCAACACCAACCCAUUUCAAAGCUCAAGGGCAUACCCAAUCCUGUCAGGUUUACAGCGAAUGGGAGGAAUCAGGCGAGGCUUCCACCAACUAUAGCUAUGAAGUCUGGGUAUUGCCUGAGAGUUGUCUGAGUAGGCUAGCUUGCGAUGCUCAGAUAAGAUGUCUGGAACAUUGGUCUGAACUUCAGAUGAUUCAUGGAUCCGAAGUCAAAGUUCGGUGUAUCCUUCACGAUCGACCGAGCGACAGUCAAGACACAAAGCUUGGUGUUUAUAAGGACAUGAUGUAUGCAAAAAGCCUGAACAAGAUCUACGACUCUUGGAAUAGGAGAGGUUUUGUGCAUACUGCUUUCACACAGCGCAACUUUCUUGCAACAAUCGACGACGAGAUCGAUAAGAUCAUCAAAUUUUCACGACAGAACCCCGACGCACAAAUCGGUAAGGUAAAGGAUGAACUAUCCCCCUUCCUAGUAGCCACCAUUGCGAAAUCUCAAGAAGGCUGGUCACUCGGGGAGUUUUUGAAACGGAAGGAUGAGAUUUUCGACAAAAGAUCUUUACUCCCAUACUCGAAGUCUGUGGCGCUCGCCGCACAAUUCAAAUUACAGUCUGUAUCUGCUUUUCAAGCAAGUAAUGAACAGACAUCACAGGCAUUUUACACGGUGAACUUUCUCCCUGACAUGAUUGCCAACGUUACCUACGAUGCUAUCAGAGGGUUCUUUGCUCCCGCAGAGCAGGCAUUGAAAAAGAAAGUGAAGAUUGGGGAUCAGAAGGGCCGGUCAGACUCUUACUGCCUGAAGCUUAUAUCGUUUGGUAGCGGUAAUACAGCAGAAGGUGGUGCACAAUGGCAGCAAUGGGAUGAUGCCUACCAUGGGGAUGAAGACAGAACAGACCACACCUUCAUCAAUGCAAAAAGGAUUCUCGUCGACGGUCCCGGACCUAUGCUUGGUAAACGAGUUAUCUUGGGUGCAGCAGUGUCGCAUUUGGACCGCACCUCGAGCAAGAAGAGAACUGAUCCUGGUCUGUAUGGUGAUGGAACUGAUUUGGACAUUGAAGAAUGGAGGAAGUGUCCGGCUUGCGAAAGAUUCCAAGCCGUUCGGUGA